AUGAGAUCUGUUCUUUCAUCGAAUCGUGCGAUCUAUGGUAUAUAUAGAAACAAUUCCGAUGAGGACCUUGACGGCAAGCAAUACCGCGAUUUUACGAUGACUGCAAUAGAAGAUGGUGAUCAAAGUCAAAGGGGAUAUUAUAUGAUUUAUGAAAAUGGCAAAUUGAACGUUCCUGUGUCGACCUUUACUAAAGCGAGAUAGCUAGGCCGGCGACGCGCGGCGCCCUCUAUCGGCGACAUCGCCGCGGCGCCGGCGCUGGCGACCACGUUCAGCGGUCAUAAGAACCUCUCUUAA